UGAUUUGGAGAUGUGUUAUUAAAAAAAGAUGCAAGAGGUUAGAAUGGUGAAAACACGUGAAAUCAUUGCUGACAACGACAAAGUCGAACUUUAUAAAGAGAAGAGAUGUGAUUGGUAACAUUGAUCUGACUCCAAAUAUAACGAAUGAAAUAACGCGAAGAUGAUCAUGUGACGAUGGAAAGAGAGAAAUAGAUAUAAUAAAUAGCAAUAUCUGUUUAAUCAAAGCAACAAUAGGUUGUGUUAUGGAUUCGCUGGGUUUAAAAAUAUGAAUCUUUCUUUUCAUAAAAAGAUUAAUUGUAUAGGACUGAUAAUAUCUAUUGCUAUAUUUAUUUAAGACAGUUAUGCUUUUUCAUUCGACAGCGAAUUUAUAACGUAAAAAAAUGGAUUGGUGUUCAAAUUCUUUUGAACCCAACCUCAAAUUUGUGUUGGAAUUAAACGAAGAAUUGAAAACUAAAUAUUUUGAACGUCAUGAAAAAGCUAAAUACAUAUUGGAAAAUUUUUUACAUUCUCUGCAACAUAUAUUUCACAAGCAUCAGAAAUUAUUAGCAGAUAAUAUUGAAUUGUCCAUAAUAAAUGAAAAACUUAAACAGAUUAUCAACAAAAAUGAAUCUAAUCAUCAAAAAAUUUCUCUAAACAGUAAUUAUCAGUUUUCACAAAUAUUAGAAUCUAAUUCAAAUUGUAACCUUAAAAUUACAAAUAAAAUCCCAGAUCCUGGUGAACAAAUAAAUAAUAAAAUUUGCAAUAAAAGCAUUAAUAGAGAAAAAGAAAAUAUUAAUACAUUUGUACCAAUAUUUUCAUCUGAUUUUUUAUCUGAUGAAGAUUUUCAAAAGCAGAAUUCUCCCCCACUAGCGCUGGUUAAAUCUAGCUUAGUACAAGUGCAAAGUAGUCCCAUUCUAUGUAGGCGUAAAAAGACUACCUCAAAGAAAACUGAUUUAUCAUCAAAUAGUGCAGGGCGUAUUACAAGCUCUAGUGAAAGUAAAGUGAGUUUAAUAAGUCCAUCAUCUGCUUUAAUAGAAAAAAAUAUUAUUGAAACUGGAAAUGAAUUUCACAAGGGAUGUGAACAGAAAAAUACCAAAAAAAAUUUUAAAUCAAUAGAAAAUAUAGUGCAAAUACCAGCAGAAGAUAUUCAAAAUAAGAAUCAAGGUUACCAAAUUAUAAGUGUUUCAAAAAAUAAUUAUGGAAAGAGCGAAUUUCUUGAUAAAGGUAAAAAAUUUCGACAAACCAAAUUAACACUAAGAAAAGUUGCCCCAAUUAUCGAUGUUAGUAAGUGUGGAUCUAUUGAAAAUAUUAAGAGUGAAAAUAAAAGUCAAUAUAGAAAAGAAAAUACAGAUAAUGAAACUUUUUUUAAUUGUGAAUUUAGUUAUGAAAAUAUAAAAACAGAUAAUGAAGAGAAUAGUAAAAAUAAAGUACAUGAUGCAUUGCCUAGUAAACAGGAGUGUUCCGCAUUAAAAAGUGCAUCAGUUGAAAUAAAUAAGUUUGCACUUACAGAUAGUCAAAAUAUCAUAAAUAAAUCAUUGAAGGAUGACGAAUUAAUAGAAACAAGUCCUAUUCAAAAUGAAAAUUCAAAAUUAAGAACUAAACUUAAUCUAAAUAAAAGACCUAAUGUUAAUAGAACAAAAUUGAAAACAUUAAAUGUACAAAAUACUACGAAAGGCUUAAAUUUAGAAAAUAAUACCAAAGAUAAUUUUACUUGUGAGAACAGUUGUGACGGUACUAAAAUUGUAACAAAAUCACCUGAAUUCAAACAACGUAAUCGACGGAAUAGUUAUAUUGUCAGCAAAAAACAUAAACAUAAACAAUUAGAACAUCAAAAGACUUGCCACGAUGAAACUUACUUUUCUCCAGUUGAAAGAACUGUAAAGACAAAUGCUGUAACUUUAUACAACAUAAAUUCAACUAAAUUUGAAGAUGAAAUGAAAUAUGAUACUCCACCGGCAAAAAAAAUGUUAUUAAAUAGUUUUGAUACAAUACCUGGUAGGAAAAGAGAAAGUCCAGAUCACGCUUAUAAAGAAGGACCUGUAAGAAAUAAACUUGAAAAAGCUGAAUUACCAGGGUGGUGCUGUAGAGAUUGUGAGAAGUGGUAUUCUCAUCUAUCUAUGGAAGAAAAACAAAAACGAAAAAAUGAAUGUUCUAAACAUAGAGGAAGAUAUAAAGCCGAUAUUUUAACACCAGAAAGUUUCUGGAAUCCUGUUUUUGAGGACACAAACGCUUCAUUUUUAUAA